AUUUGUGAAAACAAAUAUUUCAAUAUUAUUUUUUAUGUAAAACAGAACUCUAGUUUUGGUGCUGUUAGUUUGCGCUGCAGUGCAAGUAUUUGGAGAACCAGUUGUUGUCUCCUAAUCCUUCACAGGAAAUGAUUUUGCAGAUGCUGAUGGUUGGGUUACUGCUGGAGGACCAGCUCACGUUACAGAAUGCAGUGGCACAAAGAUGUUCGGAGGUUUCAAUAAAUUCGGUGCUAAGGCUGUUGCAAGUAAAGUUUUUGAACUUCCCCCACAUUCAUUGAUUAAUUUGAAGCUUCAAUUUUGGAAGAUUGACUCAUGGGACAAUGAAGAAGGAUAUAUCUUUGUUGAUGAUUAAUUAGUUUGGUCAAGAAAGUUCUAAUACAAUGAAGGUGAUGGACAAAAAUGUGGUCAAGGUGGUGAUUGGAAGGAAAUGCUCGUCAAUCUCAAUUUGAACAUUAAGCACACCGGUCCAACAGCCGUUGUUGUUAUCACAUCCAACUUGAAUGAAGCUGCCGAUAAUGAAUCAUGGGCCUUCAGAGACUUUGUGAUUGCAGUUGAAAAAUGUCCAAAUGGAUGUUCUGCUUGUUAAGUUGACGAAAAGGCAGAGAGCUGCAGUUUCUGGUAAUCCUUUUCUUCCAGUUGGGGAGCCUUAGAUGCUAACUAACUCGGAGCUGAUGGUUGGGAUGUUGCUGGUGGAGCCUCAUCUGCUACACAAUGCGGUGCUGCUGCUUUGUUCGGUGGUUUUGAUAAGACAGGUGCUAGAGCAGUCGUCAGUAAGGUUCUUAAGGUCAAGCCCCAUUACAAGCUUAAGAUUAAGGUUCUUUGGGCUAAGAUUGACUCUUGGGACAAUGAAGCUGCUUAAAUCAAGGUCGACGGAAAAUUAGUUUGGGAAAGAAGAUUCUAAUGGCAUGAGGGUUACUUCGGUAAGAUCUGCGGUUGCCCAGUCUUCGAAUGGAAAUCAAUGUUUGCAAGAACAGAAGUCGAUAUUGAUCACACUGGUGAAUAAGCCAAGAUCGAAUUCACAUCCACUCUUGAUGAAGCACCAAACAAUGAAUCUUUCGGUUUGAGAGAUUUGUACAUCUACUUGGCUGCUUGUUCUGACAACUGUGCUGAAUGUACAGGACCAAAGGAUACUGAUUGCAAGAAAUGCUCCAACAACUGGGCUUUAGUCGGAGGUAAAUGCCAAGCCUUACCAAACUUCAUUCUCUUGGAAUAAUCCUUCUUGGAAGACAAAUUCACAGGAGUCAACGGUUGGGUUCUCACAGGAAACAAGGCAGGAAGAACAGUUGCUGAAUGCAAUGGUAAAUCAAUGGUUGGAGGUUUUGAUAUUAUGGGUGCUGGUGGUAAGGCUACCAAAACAUUUGAAAUCCCACCACACAAGAGACUUAGAUUAUAAACAACCAUCUAUAAGAUCGACUCCUGGGAUGGAGAGUUCAUGAUGAUCAAGGUCGACGGAACUGAUGUUUGGAAGACAUCUUGGAAUCUUUAAACCGGAGGUGCCAAUAUUUGCGGACAAGGUGUUUGGUGGGACGGUUUCACCGGUGUUGAUGAAAUCUUCAAUCAUCAAUCUCCAAAGGCUGAAAUCAUCUUCACAUCUACUUUAGAUCAAGAUGCUGCCGAUGAAUCAUGGGGUUUCAGAGACUUCAAAUUAUGGUAUGAACCAAAGGAAGCCUGCGCUGUCUUCUACAGUGAAUGCGACUUCAAGGGAGCUUCAUUCGAAUUCUGCUCUAAAUCACCAAACUUCUAGAAUGACAACAUUCCUCCUUAAAUUAGAUCCAUCAAGGUCCCACCUUAAGGAAGAGUCACCCUUUACGAGAGCACCGAUUAUAACGGAAAGAAGGUCACCUAUUCAUCAGAUCAAGCUUGCAUCCAAAGCUUUGAUUUUGCCCUUAUCCAAAUGAGCGGACACGUUGAAGGUGGCUGGGUUGAAGUUGAAUAAUGAUCUAAUAUAUACAUAUCAUAGGGAUCUAAAAAUAACAUCAUUUUUAAA